AUGCGGAUCCUGUUCUCGAAUGAGUCGGUCUAUGGGAACUACGAGGACUCCGGGGUGGCGACCAGUGCCGAUGCCCAUUCGCUCGUGUUCGACGAACCGAUCACACCGCCACCGGCGGUUAGCGAAAGGGUGAUUGCUGCUGCUGCUGUUGCUGCUGCUGGUGUGGUCACUCCCGGCGAGGCCCUGACCGAACUGGAGGCACUGGCGAAAGCACUGACAGCUCAGGAAACCGCAGCUCACCAGCGCCCCAGCGUCGCCGGCCGUGACGUCGAUGAGGACGUCCGGCCCAAGCGUAACGGUGGUGGCCUGGAACUGGUCACCGAUGAGGACGAAGCAGAAGAGCGCCUCGAGGUCGGCGGGGCGGACCAGGACCACACGCAGCAGCAGCAGCAACGGGCGUCCAGCCGAAUGUCCAACACCAGCAUCGGCACCAUCAAGCAGCACUACUACCCGGAGGGCGGCUGGGGCUGGAUCAUUGUGGCCGUCGGGGUGGCGGUUUGCGUCCUGACACACGGCCUACAGACGGCCGUCGGGGUACUAAUACUGGUCGCCGGUCGAGUCUAUCGGGUCGACUCCAUCGCACUCACAGGAUGGCUGGGAGCGCUCUCGACGGCGGUUGCCCUCUUCAUUUCACCCAUCACGAUUGCAGUCUGCAAGCGGAAGUCAACGCGCCUGACGGCCGUCAUCGGUGGUCUGGUGACGGCCCUCGGGUGCCUCUUUACCUCGUUCGCCUCGCAGUUCCAUCAGCUGUUCUUCAGUUACGGUACGGUCGUUGGCAUCGGCGUCGGGAUGACACGCGACUGCUCCACGCUGAUGGUGGCCCAGUACUUCAAGAAGCGGCGCGAGCUGGUCGAGAUCUUCAUCGUGGCCGGCAGCGGGCUAGGCAUCGCCGUGAUGUCCGCGUUCAUUCAGUCGGCGAUCGACACGAUCGGGUGGCGGCUGGGCUUGCAGGCCGUCACCGGCACCGUCUUCAUCACGUUCAUCCUCGGUACGUGCUACCGGUCGGCCUCGCUGUACCAUCCGCAGCGCCGGGCGAUCCUGCACCUCAAGAACCAGAAGCGCAAGAUCAAGGACAAGAACAAGCACGACGACCGGCCCCCGUUCUUCGACUUUAGCACGCUGCGAAGCAAAACCGUACGCAUCCUGCUGGCAUCCACCGGGAUCGGAGCGUUCGGUAUCAACACGCCGAUCUUCUACCUGGCGCACGAGAUCCAGAAGGACGGCAUCGGCGACAAGGUGAUGAUCCUGCAAAUCUACCUCGGCCUCGCCUGGACGCUCGGGUGCUCCGCGUUCGGCGUGCUGGUGGUGCGGAACAGCGUCGAGUGCCGGAUCGCCCGGCAGUACCUCUGCCAGACGGCCAUCUUCAUGUGCGGCGUGUGUAUCCUGGCGCUGACGGCCGUUCAGGGCAACUACCACGGCUACGUGCUGUUCGUCUGGAUCUACGGCAUCUUCUGCGGGGGCUACCACUACUCGCUCAAGAUGUACACCUACGAGAAGGUACGGGCCCGCAACUUCGCCCGCGCCUGGGGCUUCGUCCAGUUCUCGCAGGCCAUCCCGAUCGCGCUCGGUGUGCCCCUGUCCGGCUACAUGAACGAGACCGGCUCCGGAGCGGCCGGUUACUACUUCAGCUCGGGCUGCGCCAUCGUCGGCAGUGUGAUGAUGUUCCUGAUCGACCUGCACAGGCGCUCGGUGUCUCGCCACAAACACACUAGGGCGAACGGAACGCGCCACCUGUGCGUGUCGGAGAGCUGCCCGCAGCGCCGGAAGCUAUCGUUCUCGCAGGAGCCGGACAACGAGCCGGGCAUCAUUACCGGCAACACGGCCAUGAUGAUCGGGCCCGAGUUGCUGAUACCGCCGCUCAGCGAUGGUAUCGUCGAGCCGAUCAAUGGGCUCGACAAGCCGGAGCUGACCUGCAUCUCCGAGGAGGGCAUCGCCGACAUGGACCUCCCGGACAAUCUGCUCGACGAUCUCGACUACGUGGGCGACUGCAUUACCUCCUGCAACAAGGUGGAAAACUAUCUCAUGCUCAGCGAGUUCGAGAACAACCUCAGCGCGGAAGUUCCUAUCCUGCUCGAUAAGCGCGGCCGCCGGCUGUCGCUCUCCAAGACGAAGGCCCUCCUGGCGGGUCACCUGGCUGGCGGUGGAGCGGGUGGGGCGGACUCACCGGCCACCGCCGCUGGUCUGCUGACGCUCACGCCGGAUGUGGCUCCGUACGCGCAUCACCCCGACUGUGCCGCCGAGUGUGUCCUAGUGGUGACGCCCUCCCCCACGGGUUCACGGGACCCACCGCUCUCGGAGGCAGGACUUUGCGAGCCCGGCACAUGGUGCGACAAGUCUGGCCUGUACCACCACCACAAUCACCACUUCCAGCAGCAGCAGCAGCAGUACGUCACGAUGGCCAACGGCGACGGCGAGAUGGCAAGCGCCACCAGUGCCCCCAACAAACAGGGCACCGUUGGUAAUGGUGCGGGGCUGAACGUGGAUGGGAAGCCCUGGGGAGGGAAGUCGUUGAUGGGGGGCGGCUGUCUCAUCCCGGCACAGCAGCACUGCAGACUGAACAGCAAGUGGCGCCCGAGCCAGCAGGUCGGUUUCCUCAACAGUCGCGUUAUAUCUGUGAUCGAUGAAGCCUCAGUUUAGACAAAAAUGCCAGCAAGCAACCGCGAAAGAGAGCGAGAAAACAGGACCUCAGAAACCCUCGUCAGCGCCGCCACCGCAUCAUCUACAACCGACCCCCCCCCCCCACAAAACCCGUAAGCUUUCGCCAUGUUUGGUCUAGCCGUAGCCGUGCGUAGCGGGUGUAAAGGCCAAGCCAUAGGCGGCUGUAGGACGAUGCGUAGGACCCGAAGCAAUGGCAGAGCCACCAAGUUGUGUGUGUGUGUGUAUACUAUAGCUUUUAAAUCAGCGGCAGGUGCGCCGGAGUCUGAUGAUUAGGGAGCGCUUCGUGCAGAGUCUGCAAAGUUGGGCAGAACUUCUUUAUUUAUACCAUACACAUAUAAUACUCAAAAGUGCAGCGCGAAGCCCACGCGCGAAGUUACGUUACUGGCCUGGCAGUGACUCCGCCAGUUCCGGCCAGUUCCCGGAGUGUCCU